AUGCGAUUAUAUCUCUAUGUUGGUGCAAUGGCAUACGAAAGACGAUUAUCGUCUGCAAGUGAUUCGUCGGCAGAUACAGCACAAUCAACAGAGUCAGCUACUACAAACGAAAAGAUCUCAUCCUUAUCAUCAUCAUCCAAGCACAAACAACAACACGAACAACAACUUAUUACUCAUCAAUCACUUCAUUAUACGCCCACAUUUACAACAAAUGAAUCAAUAGUUACACUUGACCAAAAGCAGCCACUAACUAGGAGUCUAACGACAACAACAACAACAACACAAACAACUUCUUUGAAACGUAAUACAUCAUCUCUGUUAGCUUCACCAGCUGAACAGUUACUGGCACGGACAAAAAAUACAUUUGUCGAUCUGAAUCCAUAUUUUCAAUGUUCAUCGUUACCCAGUCAUUGGAGAAAAAAUAAAUCGUUAAGGUUUGUAUUAAAACCAAAACCAGAUAUUGAAAUUAAAUCAAAUACACGCGUAAUGAUAUUAGCUGGAAAUGAAUUUAAUCCGUGUGCAAGUUUAAAAAAUAAUAUUAGCUGGUUUCGAAAUGGACAAGCCGAAUUCAAUGAUUUAAGAUUUCUUGGUGCUAGUGGACGAGGCAAAAAGUUUACAUUGACGAUAUUUGUUGAUACAACUCCGCCUCAACAAUGUACAUAUCGACGUGCAAUUAAAAUAACUGUUGAUGGCCCGAGAAAGAAACGAGACAUGAAACAUAAAGCUGAUUCGAAUUCAAUUCAAGAGAAACGAGAAGAGGAUGAUUCCGAUGGUGAUUCAGACCAUGAACCAUCAAACAUAUCAGAUGCACAAACAGAAACACGUGCUGUUACACAAGCAUCAUCUGGUUUAAUGAUUUUAGCGGCAGCUGCUGAGCAAAAACGACAAGAAGUACUAAAUGAAGAUGAUAAAGAUCACCAUUCAAAUUCAAUAUCAAUACCAAUGGACAUUUGUCCACAUACAACAUCUGUGUAUCAAUGUCAAUCUGGUUCUAUCAGCACCCCUUGUUCAUCACCAUCUUCAUUGUCUUCUGUAUUUGCAACUUCAAUUACAUUUUCCGAUGUUGAGAGAAGAAAUUCCCAAAUAUUGAACAAAACGAUGAAAAAUUCGUUUCUAAACAAUAAUACAACAGUUUAUCCAGUUAUGUCUAAUGUAACAAAUAUGAAUGGAAUUGAUCGUUUAAAAAUUCAAAAUGAAUCAUCAUCAACGGUCACCAGUCCAAUCUCAUCGCAAUUAACUUCAACAACAAAUUUAAUACAUCCUGUCUUUACAUUCUCAUCAAAAUUAUUAUCACCAACUGCCGCCGAAUAUUAUCAUCACACAUCCGACAAUAAAGUAACUGCUAAAUUUGAACCAUCAUCAGCAUCACAUGUAUUGUGUCGUUGA